AUGCGCCAACUUUUGAUUAAAGGUGUUCCAUUUAUCUGGAAGCAAACACACUGUGACGAACUGGACAAAAUUAAAUCUAUACUAGGCAGAGCGGAAUCACUAGGUUUCUACGAUCCAAAAGAUGAAACAUUGUUAGUCACUGAUGCCAGUCCUAUCGGAGUCGGCUGCAUCCUCAUACAAGUGAAAAACAGUGUGUCUCGAGCAGUUUAUUGCGCUUCUAAAAGUUUGGCCGUCCAUGAAAGAAAAUAUUGUCAAACAGAGAAGGAAUGCUAUGCUAUAGUGUGGGCCAUGGAGAAACUACACAUCUAUAUGGAAAACGGUUCGUUCUCAUCACUGAUUGUAAACCAUUACAAUACCUUUUCAAUCGGGCUCAAUCCAAACCAUCAGCAAGGAUUGAGCGAUGGAUUCUGA